UCAUAAAAGACCCCCUGUAUUUGAUUUUUUUCUGUUUUGGAUCCAUCUCGUGGCGCACAUCGAGUGGUUUCAUUCUGCUAUACGCUUGUUACCCCUGCUCCGACAUAAUUCAGAGACUAACCAACUUUUGUCCUGUGUAGAAACCAAAACUACAACGCCAAUCCUGCUCCUGGUGGCUGGGCUGGCCCUACCCCCGGCGAGAUCCCUCCUCCUCAGCAGAUGCCCGCACAACAGGGCCCGCCUGCCGGUGGCGCUCCUCGUUGGAAUAACAACCGUCCUGGAUUCGACCGCAAUGCUUACGGCAACCCAGGCACUGGUGGCGGCGCUGCAGGUGCUGGCGGUGGCGGCGGCGGCGGCGGCGGCAACCAGUCUCGCGGUUCUGGAGAUGGCCGAUGGCAAGACGGCAAGCACAUCGCCGGUCCCGCCAACCCCCGCGUCGAACGCGAGCUGUUUGGUACUGCCGACGACCCUUCCAAGCAGCACACCGGUAUCAACUUCGAGAAGUACGACGACAUCCCCGUUGAGGCUUCCGGUCACGAUGUCCCCGAGCCCACCCUAACCUUCUCCAACCCUCCUCUGGACGACCAUCUCAUUCGCAACAUUGAGCUUUCCCGAUACAAGAUCCCCACCCCCGUCCAGAAGUACUCCAUUCCCAUCGUCAUGGGCGGACGUGACUUGAUGGCUUGUGCCCAAACUGGUUCUGGAAAGACUGGUGGUUUCCUUUUCCCCAUUUUGGCCCAGUCCUUCAUCAACGGCCCUUCGCCCACCCCUGCUGGUGGCGCCGGCUUUGGCCGUCAGCGCAAGGCCUACCCUACCUCUCUAGUUCUGGCUCCUACUCGUGAGUUGGUUUCCCAGAUCUACGAGGAGUCGCGCAAGUUCGCCUACAGAUCCUGGGUUCGCCCUUGUGUCGUCUACGGUGGUGCCGACAUUGGUUCGCAACUCCGCCAGAUUGAGCGUGGCUGCGAUCUCUUGGUCGCCACUCCUGGUCGUCUCGUCGAUCUCAUAGAGCGAGGUCGCAUCUCUCUUCAGAACAUCAAGUACCUGGUUCUUGACGAGGCCGAUCGUAUGUUGGACAUGGGUUUCGAGCCCCAGAUUCGUCGUAUUGUUGAGGGCGAGGACAUGCCCGGUGUCCAGGGCCGUCAGACCCUCAUGUUCUCGGCCACCUUCCCCCGAGAUAUCCAGAUGCUUGCCCGCGAUUUCUUGAAGGACUACAUCUUCCUGUCUGUUGGUCGUGUUGGUUCUACCUCGGAGAACAUUACCCAGAAGGUCGAGUACGUCGAGGAUGUCGACAAGCGAUCUGUUCUUCUGGACAUUCUGCACACUCACGGUGCUGGUCUUACGCUGAUCUUCGUUGAGACCAAGCGUAUGGCUGACUCUCUGUCCGACUUCCUCAUCAACCAGAACUUCCCCGCCACCUCCAUUCACGGUGAUCGUACUCAGCGUGAACGUGAGCGCGCCUUGGAGAUGUUCCGUAACGCCCGCUGCCCUAUCCUCGUCGCCACUGCCGUCGCUGCUCGUGGUCUCGAUAUCCCCAACGUCACCCACGUUGUCAACUACGACCUCCCCACCGACAUUGACGACUAUGUCCACCGUAUCGGUCGUACAGGUCGUGCUGGAAACACUGGUCACUCCACUGCUUUCUUCAACCGUGGCAACCGUGGUGUCGUCCGAGAGCUCCUUGACCUUCUCAAGGAGGCUAACCAAGAGGUUCCUGCCUUCCUCGAGACCAUCGCUCGUGAGAGCUCCUUCGGUGGUGGCGGCGGCGGUCGUGGUGGCCGAUCUCGUGGCGGUGGCGGUGGCGGCCGUGGUACAGGUGCCAACCGUGAUUUCCGUAAAUACGCCGGCGCUGGUGGCGCUCCUGGCGGUUUCGGCGGUGGCUUCGGAGGUCCUCCUCAACAGGGUGGUGGCUUUGCUGGCGGCGCCGGUGGUGCUUACGGUGGUGCCCCUGCUGGUGGCUACGGUGGUGGUGGUGGUGGUGCCGGCGGCUAUGGCGGUGGCGCUGGUGGCUACGGAGGCGGCGGUGGUGGUAGCUACGGCAACCCCAGCGGCCCUGGUGGCCAGUCUUCUUGGUGGUAAACAUUCCAUCACGGAGGCCAACUCCAUUCUCUUGACUCGUCUUGGGGUCACUACCGCGACGGGAAUGGAUGUCCGACUCGCAGGUCGCGGUUCACACUUUUUCUUUUUUUCUCUUUUUGCGAUACUUGUGUGUUUUAUCAUGAAUGCUUGCUUCAGCUCAGUUAUUGGCAUUUUCGAGCACUAUUCACGCGACAUACUCCCUUCUACUGGUGGACAGGACUUGCCCUUGGUCCAACAAUGGCAGGAACGAGUCCCUCGGCUUAGGACUCCGACAUACGAUAGACAGCAUUCAUCU